UCACAGUUUCAUCAUCGUUCAUUGAAAAGAAAUAAUGUCAAAAAAUCAAAGUUCAAGCGGAAAAAGUAGUUUAAUAGGUGUGCUACAUGGAAAAUCUAGAACCGUAUUGACACCUUGGUGUCGAUACUAUUACCGUAUAAUGUUGAUCAUCUUCACUUUUAUAUUAGAGAUUAUGAUUAUUGUCAUUUUUAUCAAUUCAUUAAUCGGUUUAAUCAAUACGAAUGUAUUUGGGGAAGAAGUAUUCGAUAUCGUAGAAAUCAUAUUCUGUCUUAUUGAUUUAACUUAUAUGUGUUAUGGAUUAUAUCUAUUGUUUAAACAAGAUCAUCAUCAUCAAUAUAUUGAAUGUUAUGGAUUAUCGAUUAUGGCAUUGAUUUUUAUACGAAUAAUAAUCUGGCUAGUGCUUAACCAACCUAUUCUUGUUGAUAUUGGCAUACAAAUUAUUUAUGCCGGUUUCACAAUAAUCUAUGGAUAUUAUAUUCGACAAUAA